AUGUCCCAAGACCUACAGAGUAGGAUUCACCCUUGGCUGGCGCGUCGCGUGGCUUCCCAAGCUACCAAAGCUAUCGCAAAUCUUCACUCUCGAGGGCUUUGUCAUGGAGACUUUACCCCGAGCAACAUAGUGUUUCGCAUCCGUAACCUUGAUCAUCUAGACGAUCGAGGUAUAUACCGUAUUUUUGGUGAACCUCAACGUGAUCCCCUCAGAACGAUAUCGGGUGAGCCUACUGGUGCAGAGGCGCCGAGGUAUGUCGUUGGCAAUCUCGACUUCACGUCAGCAGAAGACCUCAUACUUGAUGACAUCUGUUUGAUCGACUGUGAUCAAGCAUUUCUGACCUCUUCUCCCUCGAGCAAAACACUUGGGACACCUCCAGGCUUUCUGGAGCCUGAGGUAGCCGUUGGGAAACCCGCCAGCCCAGCGAGUGAUGUUUGGGCUCUGGGCUGUUCUAUCCUACAGAUCAGGUCAGGCUCUUCUCCUUUCUCAAUUCCCAACGUCGAUAGCCCAGCAAACUUGCUUGGGUGGGUCAGCGAGUACCUUGGCUGUUUGCCGACAUCAUGGGGAGAGCCACUAUUCGACGAUGAUGGCCUGCCAACGACGGAUACGACCAAUGGCGAGCCCCUAGGCGAAGUGCUCGAAAACACGAGAUCGCUCAAGCAAUGGAUCGCCGAUAUUUGGGAUCAGCCAGAGAAUCUCCAGGAGCUUCAGUCAACAUCAACUGUGCCAGACGGAGUAAAGGGUGAGAACAGGCCAUACUUGGAGUGCUACCGCAACAAAUUUUGGAAACCUGCCGCGAUCAGAAUUGAUGAUGUCUACCUGGGAGCAUACUCCGAAAAAGUUGACAAAAUCAUUGGGUCGCUCCCGAAAAUAUCUACGCAUGAGGCUGACUUGUUGUAUGAUUUGAUAUCCAAGAUUUUUGUAUACGAGCCUACACAGCGAGUGUCUGCAGGAGACAUCUUGGCUCAUCCAUGGCUUCACAUGGACGAUACGAUAUGA